AUGGCCGGCCGCGUCCUGCUGCUCUGGGGGCUCCUGCUCCUCCUCGUCCUCCCCCAGGUGCGGCUGUCAGUGUUUCUCUCAGCCCCGAGAGCCAGUGCAGUACUCGGGAGAUGGAGGCGUGCUGGCUCCUACCUCCUGGAAGAGCUCCUCCAGGGAGACCUGGAAAGGGAGUGCUAUGAGGAGAUCUGCGUCUAUGAGGAGAGCAGGGAAGUGUUUGAGGACGAUGUGCUCACAGAGGAAUUCUGGAGGCAGUACAGGGGUGGCUUUCCAUGCACCUCCCAGCCCUGCUUCAACAACGGGUCAUGCCAGGACCACAUCCGCGCCUACACCUGCACCUGCUCCCCUGGCUAUGAGGGCAAGAACUGCGAGAUGGCUACAAACGAAUGCCACCCCGAGAGGACAGACGCGUGCCAGCACUUCUGCCACCCAGGACAGGUGUCCUACAUGUGCAGCUGUGCACGGGGCCACCGGCUGGGCCCAGACCACAAGGCCUGCCUCCCCAUGACUUCAAAGAACUUUUAUUCAUGGCCCAUUGUCUGCCACUGUCUACCAUUGGUGUGCCAGACUGAGCCUGUGAUCUCCCGGAGUAAGGUCAAGUUAACAAAUUCCAAAGGGCGAGACUUCUGUGGUGGUGUUCUCAUACAGGAAGAUUUUGUGCUGACAACAGCUAAGUGUUCUCUGCAACACAGAAAUAUUAGUGUGAAAGUGGGUUGUGACCCAAGCAAGGAGCCACAGGCGAUCAGAAUCAAGCGUGCUCACGUGCACCUGUGGUACGAGGAGGAGUCAGGGCAGAAUGAUGUCUCCUUGCUAGAGCUUGAGCAGCCGGUGCCAUGCCCAGCCUUGGGGCGCCCCAUCUGCAUACCUGAGAGAGAUUUUGCUGAGCGGGUCCUCAUCCCGGGGACACAAGGCCUUCUCAGUGGCUGGAUCCUCAAUGGCACUGACCCGGGCGCUCUGCCAGCUGGACUGCCAGUCACAUAUGUGGAUGGGGAAGAGUGUGAGCAGGCCCUGAAUGUGACUGUCACCACGCGGAUCAGCUGCGAGCGAGGCGAGGUGAUGCCGGGGCAGUGGCUGGAGGGAAGCACAGUCACCAGAGAGCACCGGGGCACCUGGUUUCUCACUGGGAUCCUGGGCUCAUCCCCAGCACCACCACCGGCCGGGCAGGCACACAGGUUCCUGCUCACUACCAUCCCCCGGUACUCAUUGUGGUUUACACAGACGAUGAAGUAA